UUAUUUAUUAUCGUAUCAUUUAGUGAUCCAACACUUAAACAGCAAAUAUGUCUCAAUUAAACAUAUUUUCAACAAUUGUUUUGUCACUGUUUGUGAUUCUAUUAAUUGAUUGUAUAGACAGUAGUCGACAACUAUCCCGAAAUGAUAGACAAGAGUUAGCAAAGUUUAAACUAACAGUUAAACUAUUGAAUGCUGUUUUGAAUGAUAAUGACAACAAUCCAGACGCUGGUACUGGUGGUGGUCAGGGAGGAGGAGGAGAAGGAGCUAGCAAUAGGAAUCUGCCGGCCGUUAGUUCCGGUAUAGAAGCAGACAAUGAGAAAGGCGUUGUAUAUUCUGAUUCAAAUAGGAAAAGAAUUAACAAACAGGAAUACCUGAGACUUAAACAGGAAUGGGAUCGACAACAACAACAACCUAAUGGUGGUGUUGGUGUCAACAACAACAGUGGGACUACCGUACCGGUUGGUCCACCCAGAAAACAAUGGGGUGGUUACUCGGCGCACCAGAAUGGUGGAGGUGUCUAUCAACACAUUGACAAAAAUGGCAAAACUUAUAGUACAUAUGGCAUACCAGCCCCACCAGUCUUUACCUACUAUGAUAACAAUCGUAAUAAAGUUAGCAGGGAACAUUGGAGACAAUUUAAUAGCGAUUGGCCUAAAGAUGAUUAAUUAAUUCAUUAAUAAACUAAUGUAAUAACUAGUAAAUUAUUUUCUCUUUUUUUUAAAUUAAAUAUUAUAGACUAAAUGUU